AUGAGCGGCUUUGCGCCUCCCUUCCCGCAGCCGGCCUCGGCCUGGCAAGAACACAAGACGCCCGAGGGUCGAGCGUAUUACUACAAUAACGUUACCAAGGUGACGCAAUGGACCAAGCCAGAGGAGAUGAUGAGCUCGGCUGAGCGCGCUCUCCAGUCACAGCCAUGGAAAGAGUACACCGCAGAGGGCGGUCGGAAGUAUUGGUACAAUACAGAGACGCAGCAGAGCUCUUGGGAGAUGCCUGAAGCAUUCAAGAAAGCUCUGGGUUCGACUGGUGGGCCGAGCAAUCCCGUUCCCCAGACUCCGUAUUCGCAAGGUGGCGGUUAUCCAGCUACAGGACAUGACUAUUCUCGCGAUUCUCGCGAUUCCCGCGAUUCCCGUGAUACUCGCGAACCGUACCCCGAAUCCCGUCAAAUAUCAUAUGGAAACGACUCCAAAGCGCAGCCAGCCUUCGUCCCCGCCACGAAUGACCCAGAAUAUUCCUCUCAAGAAGAAGCCGAGGCGGCAUUCGUCAAGCUGCUGAAACGAAGCGGCGUCCAGUCAGAUUGGAAUUGGGAACAAACAAUUCGCGUAAUUGCCAAAGAUCCGCAGUUUCGUGCAAUUAGGGACCCAAAGGAGAGAAGAGAAGCUUUCGAGAAGUACUGCCAGGACAUGAUACUCCAAGACAAAGAGCGUGCCAAAGAGAGGCUGACCAAAUUACGUGCUGACUUCGAAACGAUGCUGAAGCGGCACCCUGAAAUCACCCACUAUACUCGAUGGAAAACCGCUAGACCCAUGAUCGAAGGCGAGACCAUUUUCCGGUCCACCGACGAUGAGGACGAGCGCCGACAGCUCUUUGAGGAGUAUAUCGUCGGACUGAAGAAGGCUCACAAAGAACAACAGGCUAGCCAGAAAAAGAGUGCCAUGGAUGGCCUGAUCGAAUUGCUUCCCAAGCUCAACCUCGAGGCAUAUACUCGCUGGGCUGAUGCUAGGGACAUCAUUUCCUCCACUCCAACUCUUCAAGAAAACGAAAAGUAUCAAGCCCUUAGUCAGUUUGACAUCUUGACAGCUUUCCAAAACCAUAUGAAAGGUUUGGAGCGAGCCUUCAUUGAGAACAAGCAAGAGGAGAAGAGCCGCAAAUUCCGCCAGGAGCGCACGGCGAGAGAUGCUUUCAAAUCUCUGCUCAACUCUCUCCGCGAAGAUGGCAAGAUCAACGCCGGUACCAAAUGGAGCCAGAUUGUCCCUCUCAUUGAAAAUGACGAACGCUACCUCAAUAUGGCUGGCCAGGCCGGAUCUACUCCCCAAGAAUUGUUUUGGGAUGUGGUAGAGGAAGAAGAGCGAUCUCUCCGUGGCCCCAAGAAUGAUGUGCUUGAUGUCAUUGAAGUAAGACUCCCCAGAAAAACAUGA